AUGGCUCAGGCUCUUCAGGAGGAAUUUAAAGAGUAUGCAGAGAAGGCCAAGUCUUUGCCCUCAACAACAAAGGAUGCAGAUAAACUAGUACUCUACGGCCUCUACAAGCAAGCAACCGUUGGCUCCGUCAGUACUAAUCGACCAGGGUUCUUUAGUCCAACUGAGAGGGCCAAAUGGGAUGCUUGGAAAGCAGUUGAAGGGAAGAGCCAAGAAGAAGCAAUUGCUGAAUACAUUGAAAAGGUGAAGCAGCUGCUAGCAGCUUCUACAAAUACGUACAAGAAUGAUUGUUCAGCAUCGGUCUCUUUCAAUUAA